AUGGUCCGUCCCAGGGUCUUUUUCGACAUUGCCAUCGACGGCUCCCCCGUUGGAAGGGUGAUCUUCGAGCUCUUCAGCGACACCGCACCAAAAACAUGCGAAAACUUCCGUGCGUUGUGCACCGGCGAAAAGGGCCUCUCGGCUCUCUCCCAGCGGCCGCUCUACUACAAGGAUAGCAUCAUACACCGCUCCAUUAAGGGUUUCAUGAUCCAGGGAGGAGACUUUACUAAACGUAAUGGCACGGGGGGCGAGUCCAUCUACGGAGGAACCUUUGCCGACGAAGACCUCACACGAGCCCUUGACUCAGAAGGGCUCCUAUGUAUGGCCAACAAGGGGCCCAAUACUAAUGGCUCCCAAUUCUUCGUUACCCUCCGCGAAUGCCCCCACCUAAACGGUAAACACGUCGUUUUCGGUCGCGUAUUGCGUGGCUACGCCGAGGUUGUAGAGAAGAUUGUAGAUGUCCCUGUUGACGAGAAGGACCGCCCCAGUGUACCCGUGACGAUUGGUAACUGCGGCGAGCUCGUCCUUCGCGCCAAACCUGUAUCACAACAACCACAGCUGGAAGCUGUGGGCUCAGACAGCGAGAGCGAUCGCUCGGAAAACGACGACAAGCGGCGCUCGCGCAAGAAGCGCAGGCGCCACCGCUCUGAAAGCCGCGACAGUGAUCCAGAUGCGUCUGGCGACGACGCGCGUGAACGGCAACAUCGCAAGAAGAGCAAGCGCAAGUCGAAGUUGAAGAACAAGAGUGAGCGCACUGGCGCACGCUCCUCUCCGCGUGCAGAUGGAGACCAGAAUCAGCCACAAUCGCACGCAGAACCUGAGGAAGAGACGGAAGAACAGUAUGAUGCGCGGUUAGAGCGAGAGGAGAACGAAAGAUUGGAAGCGGCAAGGAAGAAAGAAUUGGAGCGGUUGAGGCGGAAGCUGGAACAUGAAAAUGCCCCCUCUACAAAUGGCGUCAGAUUCAAGGGUCGUGGGCGCAUGAAGUAUGUUGAUCCUGAAAUGCGCGCACACCGUGACGAUUAA